UUGAAGAAACGAAUGUAUACGCAGCCUUAGCAACACAAUGGUUUCAGUUAAAUUUUGACAUGUUUAUUGUUUAUGUCUAAAAUACAUCUGAAAAAUACACACAGUGAUAACUUUGGUGAUAACAGCAAGUCAAGUCGGGCAAAGAGCAUUUUAAAUACAGCGGAAAGUGUGGUGGUGGAAGUUCAAUCACGGGUCCAAACUCCAAUGUCUGUUUUUCUGAAAUAAUGCUACGCAACCUUAAAUUUUUAAGUAGCUAUAACAUUCCUAAGAUGAUUCCGUAUACUGUAAGUACAAGAGAAAAUCACAGUGUAAGAUUAAAAGGGAAGGUAGCUAUUGUGACAGCAUCGACGGAGGGGAUAGGCUAUGCAAUAGCAAAAAGAUUAGGCGAUGAAGGAGCUUCAAUAAUAAUAAGUAGCCGAAAAGAAAGCAAUGUAAAUAAAGCAGUAAAAAGUCUCCGUGAUGAUGGAAUAAAUGUGGAAGGUGUUGUAUGCCAUGUGGCAAAUGCAGAGCAAAGAAAACAACUUUUUGAUAUGGCAAACAACAAGUUUGGUGGUCUAGACAUUCUUGUAUCUAAUGCUGCUGUUAACCCAUCGGUAGCGCCAAUUUUGGAGACUGAUGAUAAUGUAUGGGACAAAAUAUUUGAAAUUAAUGUGAAAUGCUCUUGGCUCUUGGCAAAAGAAGCUUAUCCUUUUCUUAUGAAAAGAGGAGGUGGAAGUAUUGUGUUCAUCUCUUCCAUUGCUGCGUAUCAACCUAUGGAGCCUCUUGGUGCUUACAGCGUUAGUAAAACUACUCUUUUAGGCUUAACUAAAGCAAUUGCUAACGAGAUUGUUCAUGACAAUAUAAGAGUGAACUGUGUCGCUCCAGGAAUUGUGGCUACCAAAUUUGCCUCGGCAAUUACAAGCAAUGAGGCUGGUGCAGAAAGAAGUUUGUCUAUUGUACCAAUGAAAAGGUUCGGAAAGCCCUCAGAAAUUGCAAGUGCAGUUGCAUUUUUAGUUUCUGAUGAUGCCAGCUACAUCACAGGGGAAACUAUUGCAGCCGCCGGAGGGGCACAUGCACAUCUGUAAUAUUUAAGUGCUUAAUUACCCUAUUUUCUAUAAUCAAAUGGCUAUAUUUUGUUUAAUGGUGUUUGUAAUAUGAAAUAAAUAAAAAGUGUGGCAAGGUUUAUUUACAUACCAUAAAGACAAAAAAAACAUGAUUUUUUCCAUAUAUUGAAUCGUUUUCAACUUCU